GCGACGAGUGCGCAGUCACCAGGAAGUUGAAUGAUUAGUUCGGCCAUGAUCCGACAUUAAGUCGGUUAUUUUAUUUCCAAAUGUUUUGAAAGACUAAAUUAAAAUAGAGUAAAAUUAUCAGGUGUUUAUAAAGGUGUUUGUUUCUUUUUCAAAUAUGUCUGAUACCAAACACGGUGAAAUCGACGGCGAGCUUGCCAUGACAUGCAGUCAGCCUCUAGCCGAUGCCUUCAAGGAGCUGGAGAAAUGGAAGAAAUUAGUCGAGGCAGCAGAGACGGCGAAGUCCACACUGCUGCUGGACAAACUGGAUACAGAGGAAACAAAGAAAAAAGCUCAGCAAGAAACAACCGAGAUAAUGAGUACUGAAGAGCAACUUACAAAAAGCUUUAACAAAAAGGGGAAAAUAAUAGAGGAAGAAAUUGGUGAUCUUGAUAAAGUUAUUCAGGAUCUGAUGAAAAAAUUACAGCAAUACAAAGAGCAACUGAAAGUCAAGAAGGCUGAAAGAGACUCUUUGCAACAGAGAUUUAAGAUUAAAGCUCAGAUCCCUGAGAAGAGAAUGAAGUUUACUCAUGUGGAAAAAGAAGCGAGAGAUGAGACAGAGGACUCAGUCCAGAACACUAAGGCAGUGUUCACCAUCACCCAGAGGCCUUCCCUGCUGCUGAAGGGUGGCCAAGCUCUUAUUACGUUCGAGGAAGAGAAAGUGGCUGAGCAGAUCCUGAGGCUGGCGAAGUGCACUGUGUCCUGUGACAAGGACAAGGUAGACGUGAAGCCAUAUGCCAUAACUCUGGACCCCUCUGUGAAAUUUGAGGUGCAUGUUAGCAUGUCUAAGAAAAGCAUUGAGUUUUCCAAUGCUCCUCCUCACAUAUCUGAGGAGCGAAUGAGGGACCGGCUGGAGCUGAGCUUUUCAAAGCCCAGCUGCGGUGGAGGAGAGGUGGAGACACUGCAUUAUGACCCGGAGACUGGCAAAGGUCGCGUCACCUUCCUCAAUUCUGGAGUUGCAGAGAAUUUGGCUCUUAAAGAAACGUUCUGUGCUGAUAUUGGUAAUGGCAUGGAAAUCAAUGUUGGACCAGUAUAUGAAUAUCAGCUGAAGAAAUUUCAGACCUUUUCGGGAGUGCCAAAGCGUUCUCUGCUGCUGGGAGGGAUUCAGGAUGUGACCGAUGAUGAGGAACUGCAGGACCAUCUGGAGAUUCACUUUCAGAAGCCCAGCAACUACGGUGGAGAGGUGGAGGCCAUCAAGUACAUCUCUACUACAAAAAAGCUGAAGGUUUUCUUCAGUGAGGACAGCAACGAUGUGGCAGCCCAAUAAGCAAAUCUCCUACCCUACUGUACACAUGUACGCAAUCUCUCUAUGUAACUUUAAAAAGAUUAUCAGGAUUUUUUAGCCUUAACUAUAUGAAAAAUGUAUAUGUAUGUAUGAAGCAGUUUGCUUGUACAUCAAUGAAGUACUUUUGAAACAUAUUGCAAUUCAUGAUUAUUUUACUGGGGGUUUUCUCAGGUUUAACUAAAUAAAAUAUUUUUAAGAGUGCUAGGUCUUAAAUUCUAGUGGCAGUCUAAACUGGCUUGAGGAAAUAUUAAUUUUUUACCUCUGUAGAUCACGUCAUUCUACAGUGGGCCUGUGUUAUCAUAAACCCAGAGAUUAACAUUCUUGGCUAAUGGUUUUCUUUGUCCAAUAAUCUUAUGUGCAAGAGUAAAUUCUGUCUCAUGGCUGUGCACUCUUCUGUGAAAAAAGGUUUGGUAGUAAAAACAACUGGUCUUUUUAAAAUUAUUAUUUAUGCCUGCAACUAUACUCUGUGGUUCAAAACUUCCUUGAAUCUUUUACAUCCUGUGGUAAAUUUCAUUUUUUUCUUCAGUUUGGACUUCAAGGUGAAGUCUAUUCAUUAAAACUGCUCAAUAAUCUCAA